AUGACGCGGCUCAAGUCAAGUCGAGCCUCACUGCAACCGGUUUUUCUCGUGCUCGCUCUCUUAUCCGCUUUCUGCGCGCCCCUGUUGGCGCACGCCGAAUGCCCUGAGGAAGCUGUCUCUCUCUGCAGAGUCGCCGACGAUCCCGCUCUCUGUCAACACGCAAUCUGCUCUCGUGCAAGCGAUGCCGCAACGUACGCCGUGCGAGGCCGUUCUCUUUCGGAGGGACCGUCACGAACCAGCGAUUUGCUGACCUCGCUGGCGGUGGAGGCUGCGGAGGCGGAAGUGCGGGGGCUGCGCGGGCAAGUAGCGGUGCUGGAGGCGGACACGGACAGCGGAAAACCGCAGCGUUUGGUGGCGCGUGAUUGCAUCGACCAGCUUGACAUGGCUUCCAACUACCUAGUCAAGGCGUACGAGUCUCUCCGCUCCAACGAGGAGCCCGAAGGCCAAGCGCACUGGGUCUCGGCCGCGCUCGCGCUCACCUCUCAGUGCACCGCCGCGCUCACUGCGGCCUCUGCUCCCGUAACCCCCACCGUCAAGCUCGCUUUCUCCGGUGUUACUGCUUCAAGCGCCUCCUUCAACGGCGACGACAGCGCGGGGCUCACCGCUGCGACGGGCGCUGCUACCGGCGCUAACGCCAUGGCGACUGUGUCUCGAUCCAUGAGCACGGGUCUGGGCAAAGAGUGCAAGGAUUACAUCGCGAACGCGUUAUCCGUCGUGGCUUCCCUUCGAGGCGUGGAGGAUGACGACGGCGAUGAUGGCGAGGAGCCCCCGGAGCUAGCGGCGGGAAGUGCGGGGAGGAAGGUGCUUGAACGAGAAGGAAGCACCGAGAGCAUUCCUGAGAUGGAUACCAUCAGCGAGGAUAUGGCGGCUGUGAUUGCGGAGUUCGGUGGAAGCGCGGAGGAGGUCAAUAACGUGCGUCGCGGCGGGAGGAAGUUGAUUGGCGGAACGAUUAAUCGGAGGGCCGAGAGGAUUCUGCGAGGCAUGGGAGUGUCGCGUGCGACGGCCGGCACGUCCGCGAGCGAGACGAAGGGUCGCCCAGAUUGGGUGGACGAAAAUGAGGAGAGGCAGCUGCGAGAGCUGCAGCACUUUAUGCGACACCACUAUCGCACGCUUCGUGAGUUGUUUCCAAGCAACUUUUCGCAGCACUGGGCAGCGAACCGCGGGCGCACGCUCGUCGUGCCAAUGCCGCCCGCACUCAACGCCGCAAUCAGUCAGCUCGACGUCACUCCUUCGCCAAAUCCUCUUGCCAACACCGCAGCCACAGCAGCCGCAGUUACGGUUACUGGGCCUGUGCCGAAAGCCACACCAAAGACCGUGCCGGUUCCUCCCAAGACCGCUACUAAGACCGCUCCCAAGACGGCUCCUAAAACCGCUACUAAGACCGCUCCUAAGACGGCUGCUAAAACCGUUCCAAAGGCCGCUCCAAAAACCCUCCCGAAAGCUGAUCCUAAGGCCGUUCCUAAAACCGUUCCUGCCACCGCUCCGAAAACCCUUCCCAAGUCCGCUCCCUUGACCCCUGCGAAGACCGCUCCCAAGACUCCUCCCAAAACGGCCCCUAAGGCUGCACCAAAGACGGCUCCUAAGGCUGCUCCGAAGACCCUCCCCAAGCCAUCCCCUGCGACCGUCAACAAGACCGCGCCCAAGACCGUGCCAAAGGUCCCUACUAAGACCAGUCCUAAGACCCCCGCUACUGCAUCGCCCAAGGUCCCGCCUAAGACGGCACCCAAGGCGUCGCCGAAAGUAGCACCGGGGAUCAAGGCGCCUGUUGCAGGGCCCGGCGUGGCGGCGGAAUCCCUUCCUCCCCCUCCUGCCCAGUCGAACGUGUUCGAGGCGGCGUCGACGAUAAAGCUGCCGACGCUGCAGCCAGACUACAUCGUGUCCAAGGACGGACAGAGCGGCCACUACGACACGGUGCAGAAAGUGAUGGACCAGCUCGGGAUGACGAUGCUGGAGAAUCGGCGCAAGGUGAUUUUCAUCACCAAGGGCAUCUACAAGGAGAAGGUGACUCUUCGCAAGGACAGGAUCGUCUUUCUGGGUGAAGGGCCCAGGCUCACCAAGAUCGCCUACGACGACAGCCCCCUCAAGGGAUCCACCGUCUUCGACUCCGCCUCUGUCGGCAUCAACGCGAACGAGUUCACAGCGAUGGGCGUCACGUUCAUAAACACGGCGGGGCCCAGGGCGGGGCAGGCCAUUGCGCUGCGCUGCGAGGGCGACAAAAGCGCGUUCUACGACUGCCUGUUCCUGGGCAACCAGGACACGCUCGCGCCCAACGUGGGCCGGCAGUUCUUCAAGAACGUGGGCGUGCUGGGGUCGAUCGACUUUGUCUUUGGCGUCGCGUCCGCGGUGUUCGAGGACUGCACAUUCGUCAUGCGCAAACCGCUGCCCGGGUACCAAGGCUGCGUGUCGGCGCAGGGGCGCGACAAGAAGAAGGACCCGUCGGCGUUCGUGUUUCUAAGGGGCCGCGUGAUUGGCGAGUCUGCCGGCCAAUACGGGUUUCUGGGGCGGCCAUGGUGGCAGUACUCGAGGUCCAUCUUCAUCAGCGUGUACCUCGGACCGGUGGUUAGCCCCGGUGGGUGGUUGGAGUGGGACUAUGGCGGUGGGAAGAAGACGACCUGGGGCGGCAAUCCCUACUUGGCAGAGUACGGCUCUUAUGGCCCAGGUAGCAAGGGACCCAGAGUGGCGUGGGCCAAGCCCGGCAAACUUCCGUACAAGCAGACAUGGAGGUACUACCCAUCAAGACUGCUGGAUCUCAACAGCUGGGUCAGCCAAACCUUGAUUCCGUACCCUGCGAAGGCCUAG